AUGGCGGACCCCCGCCCAGAUCCUGAAUCAGAGCCUGAAUCCGUGUUCCCACGGGAGGUCGGACUCUUCGCCGACUCUUACUCGGAGAAGAGCCGGUUCUACUUCUGUGGGCACGUGCUGAGCAUCACGGAGAACUUCGGGUCCCGCCUCGGGGUGGCAGCGCACGUGUGGGACGCGGCUCUAAGCCUGUGCAACUAUUUCGAGAGUCAGAAUGUGGAUUUCCGAGGCAAGAAAGUGAUCGAACUGGGCGCUGGGACGGGCAUCGUGGGUAUCUUGGCAGCGCUGCAGGGGGGUGAUGUUACCAUCACUGACCUGCCCCUGGUCCUAGAACAGAUCCAGGGCAACGUCCAGGCCAAUGUGCCGGCUGGAGGCCGGGCCCAGGUCCGCGCCUUGUCCUGGGGGAUUGACCAGCAUGUCUUCCCUGGAGACUAUGACCUGGUGCUGGGGGCUGAUAUCGUGUAUCUGGAGCCCACCUUCCCACUGCUGCUGGGGACCCUCCAACACCUGUGCGGGCCCCAUGGUACCGUCUAUCUGGCUUCCAAGAUGAGAGAGGAGCACGGGACAGAGAGCUUCUUUCAGCACCUCCUGCCCCAGCAUUUCCAACUGGAGCUGGCCCAGCGGGAUGAGAAUGAGAAUGUUAACAUCUAUAGGGCCAGGCACAGGGGACCAAGACCUGCUUGAUGUCACCCAUCUGCUCCUCUGAACACCUUGUUCUAAUGAAGGAACUGCCAUAUGUCCAGAGCUAUAAACAUAAGGACCAAAAACGAUGGAUUUCCCUUGCUGCUGUCUUUCCUCCUUCGCUUUUUGUUUCCUGAGAUACUCUUGGGCAGGUGCAGGGAGGUGCUACGUGCUAGGCAUACUAGAGCCCUAGCUGUACUGGGCUAGAGUGCAAAGGAAAUUCCCAGUUCCUGUUCUCAGCAGAGGAAGAUGGGAGGGUAUCCAGGAUUUUAGGGGAAGGGGAGGUAAGUGGGAUGUGUGAACAGUGGCUGCAGAGAGACAGUCAUGAUCCUGUCUAGUCCUGCUGUUGUCUUUUUAUACAGAAUGGAUGAUUUUUUUCCCAGAUUCUACUGGAAUUUUUUUAAAAAGGAAAAUAAAUAAGCAUUGAAGAUCUCUUCUGCAUCCAGAGAACUCGGGCUUUUACUGGGGGGCUGGGAAGCAAGAAACCUCUGACCACCCACUUCUUGCUUCUAGAGAUAGUCUGGUGGAACCAUGGCUCUAACUGGGUCAAGUCCUCCCAGCCCUGAAGUUGGGGAUAGGCAGCAGAGCUGUCCUUUGGACCUUAGCUCCUUCACUCUUUUUGGAGUUGCAGCCCUGAUCACUAAGUACCAGGUUCUCUUUGAUUUUUCUUUAGGUUUCCAGUCCCUGUCAGUCCUUCCUUCCUAAUGUGUUUUGCCUUCACCUCUUUUCUCCUCCCACUGUGGGGCCUCUGAUGGGGGCUCUCCUGACUUACUCCUUGGGCCACACAUCACCUCCUGGGGCCUCCUGGCCUCCAUUCACUCCCCUUCAAACCAUUUUGUAAACUCUGGUGAUCUUCCAAAAUCAGCUCUGAUUAGCUUCUGCUGCUGCCCAACAGAAGCAAGAAUAAGCUCUUCUGCUUGGUACUCAGUGUGUCCCGUGUGAUCCCAAAUUAUCCUUCUACUUCAUUUCCUACUGGCUUCCUACAUGUAUUGCAACCUCUGGCCAAAUUACAAAAGGUCUACUCUUUGUUCCCUGAAUCCACACCAAGAUUCCCUGCCUUCUUCCUUCAUUCUUUUUGAUGAUUCCCUGCCUGGAAGGGCUAUUUCUACCUCUCAAAAUCUUCAUUACCCUUAGCUUCUCUCCUGAAAAAAGCUUUUCCUGAGCCUCCUGUUUGAAUAUGAUUUCUUUCUCCCUUGAGACGCUUUAACUAACUGUUCGUCUUGUGAGGCUUACCUUGUCUUGUGUGAUCAUUUGUCUGCUCCCUGUUUUCUCACCAUUAGAUUACCUUGGAGGGCAGGGCUAUGGUUCCUGGCACACAGUUUGUGUUCAUCAAAUAUUUUUGUUCAUUCAGCAAAUACUUACUCCUCCUCCCUAUGUGACCUUGGCCAAACUUCUGAACCCACCCAACUACCUCACAAGUUUGUCAUGAGUCAUAAAUGGAUAAUGAAUAUGAAAGUACA